AUGUCGACAGGCUCACUCACGAUAAGCGGAGUGCUAUCCCAGAAGUUCAGAGACAGUGAAAAGAAUGCCGUCUUCGCUGGCCAGCCCUCUAGCGAGAUCGAGACGAUACUAGGCUAUUUGCUGUAUGCUGUAUGCUAUUUACCGACCAUUUCCCACCUUGAGAAGCAAGGUCGUGAUCGAUACGACCAGAUUAUUCCUAUUUUGAAGGAACUCCAGAAGCCUACAGCAUUUAACACGAAAAGAUAUCAGAUCAACAUCGUCCCAAAUACGAGUCUUCGAGAUUGCACGGUCAUAGUCGUGUCAAUUAAUCGUCCAGUUGAUGAGUUGAAAAUGGACGACGAGGACUGGCUGAACGGGCCUUCUUCAUUUGUUGUGAGCGAGUUGAAUGAUGUUGACUGGGACAUCGAAAAAUUCGAUGAAUAUGCUGUUCAGCUCCAUCGAUACAUAGCAUCCUUGUCUCCUAGGAUGAAAAAGUUAGUAGGACAGCCUAGCUGCACGAACCUCGAGCUAACCUCUAGCGGAAUCAUUGUUGUUCCUACUGAUGCUAGAAAUGGAGGCGUGAACAAUGAUGACCUGGACGAAACUGUGUCCGUCUUGCGAGCGGCAAUCGUCCCGGAACUCCCCACCCGUCCGGUCUGGAUCGCUGGCGUCACCAGGAUCAUCCAUAGCCUUGCGAUUCAUCAGCUUCCCCUGUUCGAUUGUGGCAUUCUUCUGUUCCUCGUGCAUAAUUACUAA